AUAUGUGAAAUCAAAUGCAAUUGAUUUUCAAUACGUUAUGCGAAUGAAGUGCGAUUCAUCGCAUUUUGUUCGCAGUUCUGCGAAUUUGAAGAGUCGCCUCUUCUCCGAAACGUCCCCUCAGUCUUCGGCGCAUAAUAACGGCGCGCAUAUCAAGGAGGAUAGAAAUUUUCUUGAGUAUAUCUUCUUUAACCAGAUAUGCGAAAUCAUUUAUUGUCAAUACGUUAUGCGAAUGAAGUGCGAUUCAUCGCAUUUUGUUCGCAGUUCUGCGAAUUUGAAGAGUCGCUCCGAAUUGUCCCCUCAAGUCUUUGGCAAAUUAAUAACAGCGCGCGUAUCAUGGAGGAUAGAUAUCUUCUUAAUUAACCAGAUAUGCGAAAUCAUUUAUUGUCAUAAAGUUAUGCGAAUGAAGUCCGAUUCAUCGCAUUUUGUUCGCAGUUCCGAGAAUUUGAAGA